AUGGCUGUGGUGGCUUUUGGCCUUACAAGAGGGCUGGACGUCAUGGACCGCAGUGAAUACGUAAAUUCUCCUCCCUGCUCUGCCCCGUCUCGCAUAACGCUUACAGCACACAGCACAUCUCCCCUCACGGAAGAACCCCCCGACAGUUUCACAACCGAUGUUGAGUUCAAAGAGGGCGGCAAGAUCCUAAGCAAGUACGACACAUGGCUCGCAAUAAUCGGCUGCCUAGCAGAGGAAGCAAUCCGGGACUGGAACGCACCGCGAAUCCUAGUCGACACCUCGAAUCGAGGGGUCGCGAUCAAGCUCGUCCGGAACAGGAUGGCAGUCGACCCGCCCUUGCUCGUCAAGCAUGUGAUGUGGUCUCUGGUUAUCGUUGUGUCGCAAUUCUGGGAGGAACAGAAUCCGCCACUUUAUGCAGAGACGACGUUUAAGCCGCAGCUCAGUGGGCAGGAUCUGGGGCUCGGACAGGUCCUUUCGUUAUAUGCUGAUACGCUGAACUCUACAUCUGAGCGUGAAGGGUCGGGAGCAGAUGCGCAGAACUUGACAAUUCCGGGUCAUGAUAAGGUCAAGAUCGAUUUCGAUCCGGACCUCAAAUCUCCGGCGCUGUGCACGGCGGUGGAGUUUUACCUCAUCAUUAUGCAAGCGAUUACUCAGCUCGGUCCAAGGGAUAAAGAGGCUUAUAUGCCUGGACUUCGGUUUUAUGAUCGCGAGAAAGAUUUCACCUUCCAGAUUGGGUCUUCUACGGAACAGGAUGAUCUCAAGCAGUAUAUGCUUGUGUCUGCGCUGAGUUUCCUGGCGGAGGUCAUGUAUGAUCAGCCGCAAAAUGAGAGGUUCCGGCCCUUUGGUGGGAAAGUGCGAUGGAAUGGUUAUGUGGUGGCGUUCCUGAGCUUCGAGAAGGGUAGAUUGCCUGACCCUACUGUGGUCUCUGAUCAGAGGGUUUCCUCUGCACUUCCUGCUGAGUCAGCGAGUAGUAAAACUGCCAUGCCAACAUUGCCGACAUUGGUAUCAUACCCCGGGUCGACUUCUUGA